AUGGCGGGGCGGUCGUCGCGAUCCUCCGCCUUCCCCUCCUCCGCCUCCACCUCUUCCGCCUCCCCCGCCUUUCCCCCCUCCGUCUCCGUCUCCGAUCUCCCCCGUCCCGAACCCGCCCGCGCCACUGCGCGCGACGACCCGCUCUUCUCCGCAGUUCCGCCGUGCCCCAUGCUUUACGCCGUGCUCCCCCCCGCCUCCGAUCCGCUUCCCCCGCUUCCCUCCGCCCAUGCGCGCGAAUCUUCCCCCGCAAGCAGCGCGCGCAACGCGCACGGCGCCGCUGAGGUUGGCGGGGCAGCGCAUGGGCGGAGGGGAACGCACGCGCGGGCGAAAUCGUGGGACGUAGGGGCGGGCGCGGAAGGCGGAGUGGAGGGGGGAAGAGCGGCGGACGCGGGGAGCGGAGCUGCGCUUCCGCGGCUAGUGCCCGCCAUGAUGACGUCACUGUCGCUCACUGUGGAAUGCCUGAUGACGACAGCAAGUGUCAGCAUACAGGGCAUGUGGGAAGUGGGGGAGUAUGCGGGGGGCCGCGCGCAAGGGGGCGGAGGGGGAGGCGGAGGGGAUGGGGGAGGGGAUGGCGGAGCUAAUGGUGCGGGGGAUGGUGGGGGAAAAGGGGAGGAGCAGCAGCAGUGCUGCGACUGCCUGUUUGUGCUGCCCACGUCUCACAGGGUAGGGGCGUGGGGCGAUUGUGAGUUACCGAGCAUGAGCGAGAUGAGCCAUGUGACAGCAGUGGAGGUGACUUUAGCGGAUGGAAGGUUCCUCGCAACUGCAGUGCUCCCAGCGGACGAGGCAGAGGCAGCGUGCCGGGCGAGCCAAGAGCGGGCGGCAGCCGCCCUCUCCGCCGCCCAGCCUGUGCCGCCCAGGCCCGCCCGGCCCUCGUUCCUGCGCCUUUCGUCUGCUAGCUUCAGCAGGAGCGGGCCGAGCGGCAGCAGCAGGCAUAGGUGGAAAAGCCAAGGGGGAGUGGGGGAUGGGGAUGGGAGGGCGGAAGCGAGUAGGGAAGGCGAGUGGGGAGAGAGCAGUAGAAGAGAAGGUGGUGUGAGUGGGGGGAUGGAGCGAGGGGAGGGUGGGGGCGAACGUGGUGAAGGUGGUGGUGAGAGUGAGAGGAGAAAGGGAGGGGAUGAUGAGGAUGAAGAGGGGGAGCAGGUGGAGGGGAGUGGAGGGCAGCGGCAGCGGUGUGUGGCGAGGCGGCAUGCAGCGGUGCUGCUGGAUGAGAGUCCCAUGCAAACUCCCCAUAUGCUCAGACUCAGAAUACCCAAGGGCAGCAGUGUGCUUGUGCACGCAACGUACGUGGAGGCGAUGGCAGGGCCCAACCCUCAUGGGUACAACGGUAUGAGUUUUCUCAGUCAUCCCUCCUCCCAUCCUUCUCCCGCCCCUCCUCUCCCUCACACGGGUACCACAGAGCAGCAGUGUGCGUGUGCGGGCGACAUACAUGGAGGCGAUGGCGGGGCGGCAGGGGAACAGCGAGAUGAGCGUGCCGCUGACGUUGCCCUUAAAGUGCCCCCCCCUCUCUGUCUCUCCCUCCCCUCCUCCCCCACACAGGUACCCCAGGGCAGCAGUGUGCGUGUGCGGGCGACAUACAUGGAGGCGAUGGCGGGGCGGCAGGGGUACAGCGAGAUGAGCGUGCCGCUGACAGUGCCCUUGGAGUGCGUACCAAUCGACCUGGCAGUGCAGGAAGUGGUGCGUGUGAGCUGCACCAUUAACAGCGGGCUGCAGUGCCCUAUGAAGAUCGGCGACUUCAAUCACCCCAUGAAGGUGGUGCUGGUGGAGUUGGGGCGAGCCACGUUUGUGGGCCAUCCGAGCGACGACGACCCCGACGCCUGGCCCAAUGCCGACUUCACCAUCUCCUUCCAGGUGGUGACAGAGGACGUGAGUGCAGCAGUGCUCGUGCAGGCACCUCUCAUCGGAGACCCCGAUCCCCGUGCCUCCUUCGCCCUUUCCAUCGCUCCUCCUGAUCCCUCCCAAUUCUCGGUAUGCCUCGACCCUCUUCCUGCUCAUGUCUCUUCCUGCUCGUGUCUCUUCCUGCUCGUGUCUCUUCCUGCUCGUGUCUCUUCCUGCUCGUGUCUCUUCCUGCUCGUGUCUCUUCCUGCUCGUGUCUCUUCCUGCUCGUGUCUCUUCCUGCUCGUGUCUCUUCCUGCUCGUGUCUCUUCCUGCUCGUGUCUCUUCCUGCUCGUGUCUCUUCCUGCUCGUAUCUCUUCCUGCUCGUGUCUCUUCCUCACAUUUUUAUUUUUUCCGUUUUCGACCCAUUUCUCUUCCACAGUGCUUGCUUGGCUUCUCUUCCCGUGUCCCUGUGUCCCUUCCUUUGUCGCACCAGAGCUCAGCCGGGCAGUGGUGUUCAUCCUUGAUAGCGAGUGCGGACUGAGGGGUCGUCCCAUGGAAGACGCACACAGGGCAGUGGCGGCGGCACUGAGGCGCUUAAAGCCCCACGACUCGUUCGCAGUGGUGGCGUUUGACUUUGAGCUGCUGCUGCUGGACGAUGAGCUCGAGGCCGCCUCACCUGAGGCGGUGCGGCGUGCGUGCAAGUUUGUGCUGCAGGCGCAUGACUGGCCGCAGCCCACCAACGUGCUCACGCCGCUGCAGCUGGCCGCCUCGCCUGAGGCGGUGCGGCAUGCGUGCAAGUUCGUGCUGCAGGCGCAUGACUGGCCGCAGCCCACCAAUGUGCUCACACCGCUGCAGCUGGUGGGUGGGUGGAGAGCAGUGCAAUUGGGUGGAGAGUGGGUGCUGAGGGGCCACACGGCAGCGCUGCAGCAGAUAGUGCUCAUAACGGACGGCCCAGUGAGGGCGGAGCGCCGCGUGUGCCAGUGGGUGCAGCGCGCCCUGGCUGACUGGGGGGGCACUGCCCCUCGCAUCUCCACCUUUGGCAUCGGCCCAUCGGUGAAUCCUUUCUUCCUCAAGUGGCUUGCUGCUGCCACCCGCGGAUCGUCACAGGUCACCCGCAAUCCAGCGGAGGUGCGUAGGCGGCUGGAUGGAAUGCUGCAGGCCAUGGCUCGCCCGCUCGUCACCAACAUUGCCAUCCGCGACCUGCCGCCCGCCUGUGAGCUCUACCCCUACCCCAUCCCGGACCUCUAUGCAUCGGGGCCAGUCGUGGUGAGCGGCCGAAUGGGUGACGAGGGGUCAGCAGCAGGCGGAGCGGAGGGCGGAGGUGGCCUGCCUUUGCACGUGGAGCUGAGGGUCAUUGAGCCUUCACUCCUACAACUCUCAUCCAUCUCCCUCCACUGCCAACCUUUCUCCACCUCCUCAUCACUCUGCACCCCUCCUCACCCUUUUGCACCCCGCUGCACCGUUGUCACCGUGGGCACGACACCAGGUGGGGGCGGGCGAGCGGGUGGCCAUCCUCACAGCCGAUGCAUGGCUGCACAGCGACCCACACCUGCAGCAGGCGGCAUGCGCCAUGAGUGUGGGAGCGUCAGUGGUAUCAGAGCACACGCGCAUGCUGCUGCUCGACACCUCCCGCCCCCUGCUGGACCAGCUGCACACCGAUCAGCUGCAGGUGCGGCGCACAUGGGUGCUGAAGGAUCGGUGCAUGUUGCAAGGGAUUCAUGGGUGCUGAUUGGUGCAUGCUGGGCGAUAUGA